AUGGGUUACGAUGUGAAUCGGUUUGUCAAAUGCAAUGACAUUAAUAUAGACCUGAUUUGCAACAUCUGCAGAGGAGUUCUCGAGGAAGGCGUUUGGGUCCCAGACUGUGAGCACUCCUUCUGCAGAGAAUGCAUCAACAAUUGGUUGUCGCGAAGAAAUGUGUGUCCAAACGACAGACAAUACCUUAGUCUCACUCAACUCAAGACAAUCCCCCGAUUUAUGCGCAAUAUUUUGGACAAAUUGGAGAUUAAGUGCGACUUCAUUGGCAAUGGAUGUCCACAAGUGGUUACUCUCGAGUCUCUCAGACAACAUGUGUCUGUCUGUGACUUCAAUCCCGAGAAACGUGUGGAAUGUGUGUCCGGUUGUGGUCUUAUCAUUAAGAAGGCAGACCUCGAGAGCCAUAACUGUGUGAAGGCUUUGCGCCAAAGAGUCAAUAAUCUGAUCGAAGAUAACAUGAAAUGCGAGCGAACCGUAUCUGAAGUGAGACACGACUUGACUUCCUUGAGGAAUGACAACAAACGGAUCAACAAUUUGUUGGAUUGUCUGCAAAAGGAUGUCAACAGACUCUUAGUCGACAAACAGAGCUCUGUGUCGACCGAAUGUGAGGGCACUUCCGUCCCACAGACCUCUUUGUCGACCACUUCAUUGUCAACUGCAGUCAAAUACAACGAAAGGAACACUCGAUUGGUUCCCAACCCCUAUGUCCUCAUAACACCUCUGCACCUGAAUGUGAGGGCACUUCCGAACACUCGAUUGGUUCCCAACCCCUAUGUCCUCAUAACACCUCUGCACCAGUCAUUGGGAUCAAGUGAUGAGCCCUCGAGUUCCACAUUCAUUGGAUCAGCCAAUCGUCUCACUGGCGAUGAGCCGCCAUAUAAGCGAAGAUCAACCCUCCGAAUGGCCACUCCUUCGCCCAGUAGUCGACCCCUCUCUACAACAAUCAGCUCAUCACUGAUGCACUCAUACUCCCCUCCGAGUGCCACCUAUUCCAGUGCUCACGAGGACAGCUUCAUAAGCACACCGCCAUCUGCAUCGCCGCGAUUCAUAUCAAACGUGACCACAAUUUCUCCCUCAACCGACUCGUUAUCUCCAGACGAAGAGGCGACUACUGCUGUCACCCUUUCAGACAACUUAACUGAAUCCUAUAAUUACAUCAGUUUGGACGUCGACCAAGAGUCGGGAACAGAUCACGAAGACGACAGCGAAACCUUAGAACAGGUCAAUGAAUAUGACAUCGAUAUUGUCUCUAAUGAGUGA